AUGGCGUCCUUAUUUACGACACCGCGCCCGCGCCGAAAUUCGGCUGUUCCACAAGUCGACGUGGACAUACCGCCAACAACCACCAAGAUGCAGACCUUGACUCCGGAGACGAAUGGAGGAGAUGGCGGUGCUGAAGACCAACCACAUUACUGGGACGAUCGACCAGGGCACGGUUCCGGGUCGGUCGAGCACGAACGGCUACUCGGCAAAGACAAUAACGACGACGACGACGGCGACGGCGACGAUGAUAGCGACCUCGAGCUCGACAUAGCGGCGGAGCUGGGCACCGUACCGCUUGGCACCUCUACCGCCACAACCGCCGCCGACGACAACUGGUCACCACCACCGGGCUUCAUCUGGAUCCAGAUCGCCAUCAUGGCCAACGUCUUUCUCUCCGGCUUCGACGGCACCAUUACCGCCUCCACCUACGCCGUCAUCAGCUCCGACUUUGGCGCCGCCAACGCCGCCUCCUGGCUGACCACGUCGUACCUCGUCACCAGCACUGCGUUUCAGCCGCUGUACGGCCGCGUCUCCGACCUCGUGGGCCGCCGCGUGUGCUUCCUGCUGUCGACGGCCGCCUUUGCCCUGGGCUGUGCCGGCUGCGCCCUGGCGCCCAGCAUUGUCGUCCUCAACAGCAUGCGCGCCCUGGCCGGUCUCGGCGGCGGCGGGCUCAUGACCAUGGCGACCAUUGUCAACUCGGACAUGAUCCCGUUCCGGCGCCGCGGCAUGUACCAGGCGAUGCAGAACGGCGUCUACGGCUUCGGCGCCAUCUGCGGCGCGUCCUUUGGCGGCUCCAUCACGGACACCAUCGGCUGGCGCUGGUGCUUUGCCGCGCAGGUGCCCGUGUCGCUGGCCGUCUUUGUCCUGGGCCUGCGCGUGGUCCAGAACCCGGCCCACAUGAUGAUGGGCGACCGCUCGUUCCGCCGCACGUGGGCCCGCAUCGACGUCACGGGCGCGCUGCUGCUCGUCGUGGGCGUGUCCGUGCAGCUCGUCGGUCUCAGCCUGGGCGGCAACGAGCUGCCCUGGAGCAGUCCCUGGGUCUGGCUGUGCCUCGUCGGCAGCGUCGUGCUGCUGGCGCUGUUCCUCCGCGUGGAAGGCCGCCGCGAGCGCGCGACCGACGCCGACGCCGACGGCCGACCCCCCGUGGCGCCCAUCAUUCCGCUGCGCAUGCUCCGCGGCCGCCUGCCGCUGGCCACCGAGGCCGCCAACGUCUGCGUCGGCUUCGCCGCCUAUGCCUACCUCUUCACGCUGCCGCUCUUCUUCCAGGUCGUCCUGCGCGACUCCGCCACCAAGGCUGGCGCCCGCCUCGCCAUCCCCUCGCUGGCCUCGCCCAUUGGCGGCCUCGUCGCCGGCGUCGUCAUGUCGCGCUGGGGCCGCCUGACCACCCUCGUCCGCGCCGGCGCCGCCUUCAUGGUCCUCGGCAACGGCCUCGUGGCGUCGCUCGGGUUCGAGGGCGUCGCCGCCUGGAAGUACCUGGUGUACAUCUUCCCGGCCAACCUCGGCCAGGGCAUCGUGUUCCCGGGCAUCCUCUUCACGUCGCUGGCGACGUUUGAGCACAACGACCACGCCGUCGUCGCGUCGUCUGUGUACCUGGUCCGGUCGCUGGGCAUGGUCUGGGGCGUGGCCAUUACGUCGGCCGUCCUGCAGACGACGCUGAGCCUGCGCCUGCCGCAGGUGCUGGCGGACACGAUCCAGGACGGGGACGAGCUGGCGCGUGUCGUCGACGAGCUGCGCCACUCGGUAUCGUACCUGUCCGAGCUGCCGGCCGACCUGCAGCUCAAGGCGCGGCACGUCUACUACGAGGGCCUGCAGUACUCGUUUAUCGCGUCGGCGAUUGUGGCCCUGCUUGCUGUGAUUGCGUCGGUGUUUAUCAACGGCAAGGGUCUUCGCAGCACAAAGUAG